AUGGGGCGCGGUGGAUGCGUAGCCGUGCAGAUGAACGACGGGAGCGAUCCUUCCUUUUCAAAUCACGCGAGCGAGGUCUGGUAUUGUUCCAUUAUUGCCGCACUCGGGGCUAGUGAUGUCGGAUUAAGCUCUGCAUCUCGCCUAACUUUCUUGGAAUGGAGGCUGCAGAAGCUCGAUCUGCUGCUAGCUCCCGAAUUCCGGCUGCGGAAGAGGGUGAAGGACGGAAUCGGACUCCUCAAGCAAGAUGUAGAAGAAGUAAGCUCCGCCCUCGUGGAUCUAUCGAUGCUGGAAACUCCCAGCCUCAGGGCCAAGUGCUGGAUGGAGGAGGCGCGAGAACUAUCUUACCAUAUAGAAGAUUUUGUCGACGACUUGACGCUGAUCCGCACAGACGCCCGUGCCAAGAUAAGAUCCGUCAGCAGCCAUAGGGUUGGUUGCGUGAAGAUUGCUCUGCUUCCGGCGUCGCCGAGGUGCAGCACAAGGGUCGCCAAGAUUGCCCAAUUGAGGGAUCUACUGUGGCAGGCUAGCGAGCGGCUCGAAAGGUACCAGCUUGACGCUUGUUGCUCGAGCCCGAAGCAUAUGAAUAUGAUCACACAGCACUGCCGGGCUCCGGCGUUGUAUGGAGAUGCGGCCAAUCUUGUGGGAAUCGACGACUCCAGGACCAAACUGAUUGAAAUGCUUACUGGGGAAGCAGAGCAGCAGCUGAAAGUGGUAUCCAUUGUCGGACCUGCAGGUGCUGGCAAGACCACUCUUGCGAAAGAAAUUUUCCGUGAACUUAGAGGCCAAUUUGAGUUGCGGGCAUUUGUACAUGCUUCGCGAAAGAUUGACAUGAGAAGGCUUCUUGGGAGCAUUCUCUCCCAAGUUCAGCCGCACCACCAACUACCCUCUGUUGCUAGUUCGGUGCAGAGCCUCAUUGACAUUAGUCAGGAACAACUCCAAGAUAAGAGGUACUUCAUUGUAAUUGAUGAUUUAUGGGAAGAAACAGCAUGGGACAUUGUAAGAGGUGCUUUUCCGGAGGGCAAUAAUUGCAGUAGAAUUGUAGCAACUACAGAAAGCAUGAAUGUAGCUCUUAAGUGUUGCAGUUAUAUGGCAGAUAAUAUUUUGAAGAUGAAACCUCUUGGCAUUCAAGACUCUGGAUACUUAUUCUUCAAUCGAGUUUUUGGCUCUGAACAACAAUGCCCUGAUGAACUGAAAGAAGUUUCAUAUGGUAUCAUUAGAAAAUGUUGUGGUCUUCCACUGUCCCUCAUCCAUGUAGCUGGUCUUUUAGCAAGCAUAGACUACUCAGAGCUGUGGUACCAUGUACAUGAUCGUUUAUGCUCCAUUCUUAAUAGAAGUAAUACAGUUGAAGAGAUCCAGAAAAAAAUACUAAACCUUAGUUACAAUAGUCUUCCUUGUUGUUUGAAGACAUGCCUGCUGUAUUUCAAUAUGUACCCAGAGGGUUACAUAAUGUGGAAGGUUCAUCUGGUGAAGCAAUGGAUAGCUGAAGGUUUUAUUAAUCCAGCAGAAGGAAAAGACAGAGAGGAAAUUGCAGAGGGCUAUUUUGAGGAGCUUGUCAAUAGGGGAAUGGUCCAACCUAUGAAAAUUGACUACAAUGAUGAGGUGUUGUCAUGUACAGUACACCAUAUUAUAUUUGAUCUCAUUAAUCAUAAUUCCAAGGAAGAGGAAUUUGUUGCUGCAAUAGAUUACUCUCAACCCAUAACAGGAUUUUCUACAAAGGCCCAUCGACUGUCCUUCCGAUUCAGUAGUGCCAAAUAUGCAAAGCAACCAGAAGGAAUAGUAAUAUCACAAUUGCGAUCAAUUGGCUUCUUUGGAUUGCUUAAGUGUAUGCCUCCAAUUGUGGAAUUUAAGCAUCUCCGAGUUCUAAUCCUUGAAUUUUGGGGCAGUCAUGACAGGCACAUGAGUUUGGACCUCUCAAGGAUUUGCAUAUCAUUUCAACUGAGAUAUUUGAAGAUUUCAGGUGAUAUCAUGGUUGAACUACCAGCCCAGAUGCAAGGGCUACAUUAUUUGGAAACACUAGAAAUAGAUGCAAGACUAUCUGCAGUUCCAUUGGAUAUUGUCCAUCUUCCGGGUUUGUUGCAUCUUGGUCUCCGAGCUGCAACAGAGUUACCAGAUGGGAUUGGCCACAUCAAAUCUCUAAGUACACUAUUGUAUUUUGACCUCAGAUGUAACUCUGAAGACAAUAUAUGGAGCCUAAGCAAGCUGACAAACCUUCAGCAUCUUCAUCUAACCUGUUCUGCAGCUUUAUCUAGUGACCAUCUGAAGAGAAAGCUGAUACCCCUAGUUUUUUCUCUUGGGAAAUUUUGCAAUCUAAAAUCUCUCACCCUGACUCCUGAUGGGUUAAGAACAUCUAUUUUCUUUGAUAUUUGGAGCGGUAUCUCCUCUCCUCCCAUGUUUCUUCAGAAACUUGAGUUGUUGCCACCAAUUUGCUUGUUUUACAGACUGCCCACUCAGAUUGGUGAACUGCACAAACUCUGCAUUUUGAAAAUAGUGGUUAAAGAACUGCAGGGAAAUGAUAUUAGUAACAUCUCUGGAUUACCUUCCCUCUCAGUUUUCUCACUGUAUGUGCGGACAGCUCUGACUGGAACUGUCGUCUUCAGCACCAUGGCAUUCCCAGCUCUCAAGUAUUUCAAAUUCACAUGUGGUGUGAUGAGUUUGGCUUUUCAGGCAGGAGCCAUGCCCAAUCUUCAAAGGGUCAAGCUUUGUUUCAAUGCCCAUAGAGGCAAGAACCAUAACCGAGUGCUCGAUGGCAUUGAGCACCUGUUAAACCUUCAGGAGGUCGUUGGACGAAUUGGGGUCCUCCCAGGUGUUGAUGAAUCCGACUGGAGGGUUGUCAAGUUAUCGUUUGAGGAUAUCAUUAGAAAGCAUCCAAGAUGUCCUAGAUUUAACUCACAGCUGGUAGAUUUCAUAGAGGAAGAAUAUCCUCCUUUAGAUAAGUUUCAUCUGAGGCUACAUGGAGGUUCAUCAAGUGAACAUGAGAUUGUAGAGAGAGCUUGCGCAGAAGAUAUGGACAAACACAUUGAUAGCAGGCAGCGGCUGUGGCAUAAUCAGUUCUGGCGGAAGGCAGAAGCACUUUGCUUGAGGAAGCCGGUGUCGUGGUCAAGAGCGAGAGGAACUGGAGACACGUGUGGGAGGUAG